AUGUACUCUUUCGCUAAUGGUAUAUACGACAAAGCUAGCAUCAGUGCCACUACUGCUACUACUACUUCGCAUGCUACGGAGAGCAAGAAGAUGGCUGGAUCUGUUGUGCCAAUACAAAAGGCCUUCGACAGCGGCAUCAACAGCGAUCCGGAUGAUAAUGUUCAUGCUCCCGUGCACGACCAAAGAACAAUGUUUUUACAAAAGAAGUGCAACAGGGAGCAUAAUCACGAUACAGCUGCAACUACGCAAGAAACCAAAGAUAAAGAUAAGCCACACAAUUCAGUCGCUCCGAGGUUGCUUCAACGUAGUUCGCAGAUACGCAUGGAUGAUGACGAAAUUGACGGCGGUGCAAGCAAAUUGGAAGGACGUUACAGUAAGGGAGAUCUGUACGAAACGGGUGAGCUUCCUUCAUUGUCUGGGCUCCAAACACCACUACCAUCGUAUGACGAGGCUGCAUCACUCUUUUUAUCAGUUCGUGAAACGACCGCAGGAUCAAAAAUGAAUUGUCCUUGUGGUGCCAGUGAUUCAAAUAAAGACGCGGCGCUGGGGUUGCCUGACCUUCAAACAAUUCCCAAUGAUUUAGAGGCCUUUUUGAACGAAAGUGAUAGUGAUCUGGAGAAUACAUCACCGUCCAUUGGUGCCGAACUUGCUAGGGACAACGAACAGAAAACAAAACAACGACGAGUCGACAUAACACUGAUAUUCGAGUCUGGUGAUGAUCACGAAGAAGCAGAUGACCAGGACCGAUUUGCGAGUUACAACAUUAGCAAGAAAAAUCGGGCUAACUGGAAACGUCAGCACGAGAAGGACUUGCGUCAGCUGAAUGCCGCGCUCAACGCGAUAAAAGAUCCUUUCACCUCCUCGGCAGGUGCUGUAGCAUCGACAAAGUUGUCUGUCGGGACAUCAGAUGUGAUGGAUGCUAUUUGCAAGGCACAAGAAGAUGCUAUGCGCAUGCUUCCAAUCGAUCUAGUUCCCGAAGUUGUCUAUACUAAUUCCAGCUUGUCCAGCAAGAGCAACACUCACAAACAAAGAAACACAAGAAACGGGUAUGAGUUUCGGCCACAAGCAAGAGUCGAAUCGAAAAGCAGUUGGGAGUCUGCCUUGUGCUCGCUUUCUGACAUGCUAAGCAAAUAG